AUGCCUCCCAAGUUCGACCCCAAUGAGGUGAAGAUUGUUCACCUGAGAGUGACUGGUGGUGAGGUCGGAGCUCAGUCUGCUCUGGCCCCCAAGGUCGGUCCUCUUGGUUUGUCUCCCAAGAAGAUUGGUGAAGACAUUGCCAAGAACACCGGUGACUGGAAGGGUCUCCGUGUGACCGUCAAGCUCACCAUCCAGAACCGUCAGGCCGCUGUCUCGGUUGUGCCCUCUGCCUCUUCUCUGGUCAUCAAGGCCCUCAAGGAGCCCCCUCGUGACCGUAAGAAGGAGAAGAACAUCAAGCACAACAAGUCGAUUCCCCUCGACGAGAUCAUUGAGAUCGCCCGCAAGAUGCGUCACCGCUCUCUCGCCAAGGAGCUCAAGGGUACCGUCCUUGAGAUCCUCGGUACCGCCUUCUCCGUCGGAUGCCGCGUUGACGGCCGCUCCCCCAAGGACGUCUCCGACGAGAUCAAGGAGGGCGAGAUUGACAUUCCUGAGGAAUAA